AUGUUUCGUGUACUGAUCAGUAGUAUACGGGCCACAGCAAAUAUGCUAUUGGUUCAUCAUCAAAACUUACCUAGUGAUCAAUCAUCCACAUCGAAAUGGCAUAAAUUUCGUAAUAUUUUUUUUUCAACUAUUUCGUCAUUGGGUAUUUCAUUUAUUCGAUCACUUACGGAGACUGAUACUCUUUAUGAAUGUGUGAAUACAUAUUUGGCACAUUCAGCAACAAAUCGAAAUACUGUAGAUCCUCGUAAACGAAAUAACUCUGGUGUUAGUCGAUUAUCACGACCUAAUUUUCGCCGACGAUCAUGUCGUAGUAGUGGUAUUAUACGAAUCGUAAAACCAAAGAUACAUAUUCAUAUUCAUUAG